AGAGCGUCGUUCAUUUGUGUGACGGUGCUGAGUGAGAUUCCAUCAUGCUCCGGAGUUUGCUGAUCCUUUCGAUGCUCUCGGUGAUCUUCCGGCCUGUAUGCAAAGCAGUUCAGGCGCAGCUCCCUAUUGUCAACGCCACUACUCAAUUUGCAAGGACCAUGUCGAAGUUCUCGCCAGCGCAACGCGUAUCGGGUAUGGGGGAAAGUGUUUGGGUGGAAUUCGGUCAACUCGCCCUCGAGGUGAAACCGGUGAACCUUGGCCAGGGAUUCCCUGAUAUGCCUCCCCCAGAAAGCGUAGCCAAGCCACUUCGGGAAGCCGUUUCGAAAGAUGGAAACUUUCUGCUUCAUCAAUACACGAGAGGCUUCGGUCAUCCUCGUCUGGUGAACGCCUUGGCCGGUCUGUACGGCCGACUCACAGGCCACAAAAUCAACCCAAACACAGAAGUUCUGAUCACUGUCGGAGCGUACGAAGCUCUGUUCUGUGUUUUCAUGGGACUCGUCAACCCAGGCGAUGAAGUCAUAAUUAUUGAGCCUUUCUACGAUUGCUAUGAGCCCAUGGUGCGAAUGGCUGGCGGAGUUCCCGUUUUCAUUCCACUUAAACUCAAGACGCAAAACGAAACGAUAUCUUCUGCAGACUGGGUUCUCGACCCGAAAGAGCUGGCGAGCAAAUUCAGUUCGAAAACCAAAUUGAUUGUGAUAAAUACGCCUCACAAUCCCCUCGGCAAAGUUUUCUCGAAGGAAGAACUUACUGUCAUUGCGGAUUUAUGCAAGAAGCACGACGUGGUUGCUGUUAUGGAUGAGGUUUAUGAGUGGAUCGUUUACGGCGGGAAGACGCAUUUCCGUAUGAAUACACUGCCCGGCAUGUGGGAGAGAAGCAUCACAAUCGGGAGUGCCGGCAAAACGUUCAGCGUCACUGGCUGGAAAACCGGUUGGGCAUACGGACCGGCGAAUUUGAUGAGAGCGCUCCAAUUGGUACAUCAGAAUUCCGUUUACACGUGCGCGACUCCAAUCCAAGAAGCGAUCGCGAUCGGGCUCGAAAUUGAGACGGAGAAAAUCGGACAAAACGGAUCGUACUGGAAAGAGUUGGCCGAGGAGCUCGAGCCCAAGAGAGACCGGAUUUGCAAGUUUCUCCAGAGCGUCGGCAUGAAGCCUACGGUUCCGGAGGGCGGUUAUUUCCUCAUCGCCGACUACACACAGUUCGCCAAGAACAUUGAUGUAUCGGGCUUCACGGGCACACCCGACUCACAAUUUGCAAAAUGGCUAUCAACAACUCAUAAGCUCCAGGGAAUCCCGCCAUCUGCUUUCUACAGCGAAGAGCAUAAAAGCUAUGCCAAGGACUACAUCCGCUUCUGUUUCUUCAAGCAAGAUUCGACCCUCGCUCAAGCAGAGGCCAUCAUCAAGACACUGCCGAGCAAGAUGUGAGAAGUCUGUCAGGAUCCGAAUCCUCAUUGAAGCCACAUCCAUUCUAAGAGUUACCUCUCGCUACUAUCGAGAACCUGAUGAUCAAAUCAUCACCGUAAUAAAGAUAAAUUCAGGAGCGAAAC